AUGACAAAAUCAAAAGAGGCAAUCAGUUUUGAUGAGGCUAGACUCAAGAGAAGCCUUCUCAAGCUCUCCUUUGGUCUGAACCUCAAGUUUGUCGAUAUUGCCCUAGUCGUGGAGAAGGUAUCCCUGGCGAUAAUUGAGAACCUCCAUCUCCAGGAUCUCUUGAACCUAACCAGUGAAAUACUUGCCUCCUUGAGCACUAGACACUACGAUUAUUCCAAUUUAGCUGCCAGACUAUUGUCAAAUCACCUGAGGAAACGUUUAGGAGAUUCGUUCUUUGCUAAUUGCGAACGUUUAGCUGAACAUGGAUUUGUCGAUAAGGGUCUUCUGACCAUAGCUAGAUCUAACUCCGAACAGCUUGACGGGUCGAUCAAGCCAGAGAGGGACUUUGAUUUCGACUACUUUGGUUAUAUGACGCUCCAGUCCAUUUAUUUGCUGAAAAAAGACGACCUCAUAUUGGAGACUCCCCAGUUCCUGUUCAUGCGAGUGGCGUUGGGGAUCCAUGGCGAGGACCUGUCGUCUGCCAUCCAAACUUAUGACCUAAUGUCUCAAGGGUAUUUUAUUCAUGCUUCACCCACUCUUUUCCAUGCAGGUACGCCGACCCCCUAUCUCUCAUCGUGCUUUCUGAUGGGUUUGCAGGAUGCGGAUGUCAACUCCGUCUACCAAUCUUUGCACAAAAUUGCCAUGAUAUCAAAUGCAGCAGGUGGUAUUGGUAUCAAUGUACACGAUAUUCCCGCGGAGGAUGCAUGCAAUAGAGGCAUUGUUCCGUUAAUUAAAGUCCUAAAUGAAACUGCAAGGUAUGUCCAACAGGGCUCCAAUAAGCGACCCAGUGCAUUUGCCAUUUAUCUAGAGCCAUGGCACGAAGAAGUGUUUGAUUUGUUGAACUUGAGAAAGAAUCACGGCAAGGAGGAGAUCAGAGCCAGAGAUUUAUUCUACGCUUUGUGGAUUCCCGACCUUUUUAUGGAAAAAGUCGAAAAGAAUGAGGACUGGUGCCUCUUCAACCCCUUGCAUGCCAAAGGUUUGAAUGAUGUUUACGGCGAACAAUUCAACCUCCUUUAUGCUGAGUACGAGAAGAAGGGAAUGUAUGUUAGAAAGAUUCCUGCUCAACAAUUAUGGAAUGCUAUUGUAGACGCUCAAAUUGAGACAGGGACUCCGUUCAUGUUGUAUAAAGACUCUUGCAACAGGAAAUCUAACCAAAGCAACUUGGGUACAAUACAAUGUUCUAAUUUGUGCUGUGAAAUUGUGGAGUACUCUUCAAGGGACCAAAUCGCAGUGUGUAAUUUGGCCUCCAUCGGUUUACCUAAAUAUGUGGUGGAUGGGAAGUUUGAUUUUGAAAGUUUGAAGAAUUCCGUAAGAAUUGUUACCGAAAACUUAAACAAAGUGAUAGAUAUCUCCAAAUACCCUGUCCCUGAAGCUUCGUAUUCUAAUGACUUGACGAGACCAAUGGCAAUAGGCGUUCAAGGAUUAUGGGACACUUUUAUGCUGUUAAAGAUUCCAUAUGAUUCAGAGGAAGCCGCCGCUUUGAACUCUCAAAUAUUUGAAACAAUAUACUAUUCAGCUUUGGAAACUUCAAUGAAUAUUGCAAAGAAAGAUGGUCCCUACAAAUCAUUCCAAGGAUCUCCUGCCUCAAAAGGAUUGCUGCAAAUGGAUCUUUGGAAUGUCAAGGAAGAGGACUUGACAUUGGACUGGAAAUCAUUGCGAUCUGAUAUUGUUAAACAUGGGUUGAGGAACUCCCUCUUAGUCGGACCCAUGCCCACAGCAUCGACUUCACAAAUCCUUGGAUUCUGCGAAUCUUUUGAGCCCCUUUCCUACAACUUCUAUACCAGAAGGGUAAGCUCAGGGGAGUACCAGGUGGUGAAUAAAUAUCUUAUUGACGAUUUAAUUAAUCUUGGCCUUUGGACGGAUUCCUUGCGCCAGGAAAUCAUAGGUAAUGACGGCUCAAUUCAGGAGAUCGACGAGAUACCGCAAGAGGUCAAGAGCCUUUACAAAACUGUUUGGGAGAUCUCUCAAAGAAUUACUAUAAACAUGGCUGCAGAUAGAGGCCGAUUCAUUGAUCAAUCUCAGAGUAUGAAUUUGUAUCUGGCUAAACCAAAUAGAGGGAAGCUUACAGCAAUGCACUUUUAUGCCUGGAAAAAAGGUUUAAAGACGGGGAUGUACUACUUAAGAACUAAAGCAGCUUCUUCUGCCAUCAAGUUUUCAAUUGAUAUUUCAAAGAGAAAAAGAGACGGAACCUAUAAUACCCCUACUAAACGGCAGGCCGUGCAAAGUGAAGCUUUGGAGACAACACCUUCAUGCCAGCUGAACAAUUGUGAGUCCUGUUCGGGUUAA